AUGACCCCCCAGCGCUAUUUGCCUGCCGAUGCAUUGCAGGUAGCACUGGGACUUGCCUGCCUGGCUGUAGCGAUUGUUGCCUACCCUGUGGAGUACGAGGAUUUCCCCCACUACUCUCCAGCUUCAGUGCAGUACCAACAUGCAGCGCCCUUGGUUAAACACCUCGUAGUAGAGAAAUACCUACAGUUGGAAGUAUUUGAGAAAGAGUCUAUCGAGACAAUUCCUGUACCGCCCGGGGGCAAGGCGCACCCGAAGUACGAGUUCAAGUACGGAGUAAAUGAUCAGCACACAGGCGACAUCAAGGAGCAGUCCGAACAACGAGACGGUGAUGUCGUUAAGGGUCAAUACAGCUUGGUGGAACCCGACGGCACCACCCGUACGGUCAAGUACACUUCCGACAAGCACAACGGAUUCAAUGCUGAGGUCAUCAAGUCCGGCCACGCCACUCAUCCUCCUUCUGCUCCCAAGAAAGCGGAAGCCCCUGUGGUGUUUGCCCACCAGCCCCUAGGUCAGGAGCAUGCGCCUCUUAGUUUUGCGGCGCACGAGGCUGAACUGGGCGGUCUCGGUGGGUAUGAUUUCCACCAAUGA